AGGAAGAACUUGGGACGGAGAAUAUCAGAACUGGAGGAAUUGUUGGGAAGAUUGACGUGUACAGAAAUUUGUUUAAAGAUAUAAAUCUCCAUAGCCGAUGUCAUAUGCAUACCUCUUCAAGUACAUCAUCAUAGGGGACACAGGUGUCGGAAAGUCGUGUCUUUUACUCCAAUUCACGGACAAACGAUUCCAGCCUGUUCACGAUCUCACCAUCGGUGUUGAGUUUGGAGCGCGGCGAAUCACCAUCGACAACAAGCCGAUCAAGCUGCAGAUUUGGGAUACAGCGGGUCAAGAGUCUUUUCGCUCGAUCACUCGCUCCUACUAUAGGGGAGCUGCUGGGGCUUUGCUGGUUUACGACAUCACUCGUCGCGACACCUUCAACCAUCUGACGAGCUGGCUUGAGGAUGCCCGACAGCACUCCAACUCCAACAUGACGAUCAUGCUCAUUGGAAACAAGAGCGACCUGGAGCACCGCAGAGCCGUCACUUAUGCCGAGGGAGAGGCCUUUGCAAGAGAAAAUGGGCUGAUCUUCCUCGAGACCUCCGCCAAGACUGCGCACAAUGUGGAGGAGGCAUUUGUCAACACCGCCAAGCAAAUCUACGCGAAGAUCCAGGAAGGAGUUUUUGACGUCACCAACGAGUCCUUUGGCAUCCGUGUUGGCGUCACAUCCCCCAACCAAGGAUCAGGGGGAGACGGGCAACGAAAGGGAGGGUGCUGUUAACGUGCAAGGAGGUGAAUAUUAUUCCGCUCUCCAGGACCUACGGGGUAUUGAGGACGCGCUUUGCUGGUGUGGGGCAGAGCUGGAGGAGGAAGCGAAGGGAAGGAAAACGACGAUCACAAUUGACUUGUCAAAGUAUCUCGUUCAU